GUGACAUGGUAAUGUCGAGACAGACAGCUGACAGUUGAAUGGCUUGAACGCGACAAGCUCCGCCCACCACGAGCGUUAGUGGUGAGUGUAGUUUCUUUAUCUCAUAACCAAGUACGUAAUGCACAAACAAACCUAAAGAGGUGUAUUAUUGAAUACUUAGUGCUAACGCGAGGUUGUUCCAUGCUGUCGUAUUCAGCGGUGUAUUUUAAACCGGUGUGGAACAUCAACACUGCUUAUUACCUUGGAUAUAUAUUUUAAUACACACUGCCUGUAUUACCAUACACUGCAUAUUACUGAAGUGGUUCAUUAUCAUAGGAUUUCUGUUGGAUUUUAACUUUGAUUUUGUCUACUUUCAUUAUAUAACCACUAUAACGGAUUUGUGUUCCAAGAAGAGUGACAGCGAGUCUAUGCCUUGCUGUGAAGACUGUGAUGUGUUGUGUGAGCUGGUGUAACCUGUUGUUGCCGGGGUAGAUGAGAGGCUGACCAUGCCUGCACGGAUGAUGGACGAGGAGUUCCUGUCAGGUCUAAUGGAGGGAGGGAUGGGGCUCGGACCAGCCCUACCCGUGCACAUUGCACACAAACACAACCUAAAACACCGGUUCGAGUUGAUCAAAACUCUUGGAGAAGGUUCCUAUGGGAAGGUUAAACUUGCCAUUGAAAAAUCCACUAAGGAACAGGUGGCUAUAAAGUAUAUAAAGAAGGGCAAGAUCAACGAUGAUACCGACCUUACCCGACUCCGCAGAGAAAUCAGGAUUCUGUCCUCGCUAAACCACCCAAACAUCGUCAAUGUCCGGGAAGUGUUUGAGAACAAGGACAGGAUUAUUUUGGUGAUGGACUGUGCAACCAGUGGCGAACUUUAUGACUACAUAAACAAUCGCAGUCAACUCGCUGAAGCUGAUGCUCGACGCAUCUUUCGACAAAUCGUGUCUGCCGUUCAUUGCUGUCAUCAAAAUGGCAUUGUACAUAGGGAUCUGAAGCUGGAGAAUAUCGUGUUAGACCACGAUGGCAAUGUUAAGAUUGCAGACUUUGGUUUGUCUAAUUACUUCAGCCAGAAUAAACUCCUGUCGACCUACUGUGGCAGCCCCCUGUACGCCUCCCCGGAAAUCGUCAACGGCAACCCCUACCAUGGUCCGGAGGUAGACUGUUGGAGCCUGGGAGUUGUCCUAUACACCCUGGUGUAUGGAGCCAUGCCAUUUGACAGUUCUGACUUCAAAGUUUUGAGAAAACAGAUAUCUAAUGGGGACUAUUAUGAACCUACAAAUGCUGCAGAAUGUGCGGGUCUUAUUCGCCACCUAUUGACAGUGAACCCCGCCAAACGGGCAGGUGUGACGGACAUCCUGAACCAUUGGUGGGUGAACCUCCAUCACAACAAGACCCCAUGUGGGGCUCCGUACCCAAAUCCUGACUUCCUCAAGCCGGUCACUCUGCGUCACAACCAGAGCUUGUCGUCAGACAGCGAAGGCGAAGUGGAUAUGAAAUCUGCCAAGCCUUUGAAGAGCAUCCUCAAAAAGCCGUCAAGUGGUAGUACAAGCAGUAACAACAGCAGGUCGAGCGAGGACCCGUGUGAUACAGCUUGUCGGGAAUCAAAAUGCCACGACUCACUGCCAUCGAUGGAGGUCGGGGAUACUCAGUGUGUCAAUGGCUAUACAGACUCUAUGACCAUGCCCGAACAAGGACCUGAGGUUUUUUGUUCUGCUACAGAAGGGGCAGGUAACUCCAGUGAAGAGAUAAAAAAAGUGUUCGAUUCCGAGAAGAAACCUGCAAGGGGAAUUCUCAAAAGGAAGGGUAAAUUCUCCGGAGGUGACAGUGGAUGUGUUCUUAAUGAGAAUAGUGUGAAAAGUCCUGGUGAAUCUGAAACAAAGGAGAAUACCUCCAUGACUUACAACCUGUCGGACAUUGAUCAGGUUCUACAUGGAGGGGAGAAUACUGCCCCAAACUCACAGAUCUGUCGCAACCAAGCAUCAGACUUUGUACAUAGUGGUACAUCAUAUACACCAGCAGACAAUGUCAGUGAGAGGAGUGUGACAGUGGUGCCUCGUCGGGGCAUACUGAAGCAGCCCGGAACCACCGAUGCCAGAAAGAGGCUUAGUGCUUGUAGUAUAGGAUCCAACUCCUCUGCAGAAAUACUGGACUUUUCGUAUGACAGUGGAGACGACCAGUAUCUGAAUCUGUCCAAGUUUGGAAUUGUAACCUCCUCUGAUGGAAUCGAUCACUUGGGUGGCUUCAAUGCAGGUCUUGACCCUGGACCCAGUAGCAAUGAAUACAGAACCAGGGGCGAUUCAGGACAUUUUGACCAAAGCAGACCUGACAUUUCCCAAAAACUUUAACAUGGGUCCUGUUUGUGACCCGUGACAGACUUGUAUGGUGUUGGUGUAUAGAUACACGUCAGUAUCUCUUCACUGUAUACAUAAGUUCAUUAUAACAAUCCCUACAUGUUUAGUAGUGACAACUAUUGUGAUGCAUGGGACUAUAUUUUCGCCAGCUAGAAUCUUUUGGUUAUUAUUUGGUUUUAGCAGUCAAAUGGUUCCCAUGGUUACCGUGGAAUGCAUGUAAUUGUUUCGGUGCUUAAAAGGAUUACUUUCGUACAUUAACUAGCAGUGAUAGCUAAUUGCCUAGCUGUUAUUUAGGGGUAGCAUUAUACUAGGAGGUGUCAUAACAACCCCACGUAGCUAUAGCCGCUGUGACCUGUAAUGCAAUUUCUAGUCUAUAUUUAGAUUGGUCGUAUAAUCUGUUGCUCAUCCACACAAGAAGAACGCAAUGUUUGGUGCUCUGAGAUGAUGGUUCUGCCAUGGUGUUUUUGUCAUGAUCUCAUUUUCGAUAGCAGUCCAACUGCAGCAAGCACAUUUAUUAUUUCCAGAACUGUUAUGUAGAACAAAGUCUGAACUUCUCCCUCUGUGGCAGUAAUUUGCUUCAAACAAGAUAGUAGAUCCAUUAAUUGGAUAUACCUAAGGCAUUAAAGUUUCUAGCAGGGACGCUUAUAGAUUGGAAGACGUUUGUCUGAAGAGUUGAAAGAUUUUUAAUCCACAGGAGACUCUGUUCUGCAUAACAGUUCGACAGUCAUGUCUUAUUAUGUAAUAUUUCGACAUUUCUGUUUGGCACUGAUUCCUGUAAGGGAGAAGAUAUGUACAUUUUAUGUAAGCUUUUGUUCAGAAAUUCUCAUUACUAUAAGUAUGUGUGAAUUUUUGUAUUUAUUUAUAAAGUAGUAUUUACGCUUUAAGUUACAUGUGUGUCUUCUAGUACAUGAGAGGGAACAUUACGUGUACCAGUCAGCAUUUCCAGUAGCUAACUUUCACUUUACAUGUAGUUAACAUUAUAAUGCUAUUGUGAUAUUCCCACAAGCCACGUUCACGAUGCCAAAAUUGUAUCAAUGUCUAUUUAAUUUAAAUGUUGAAAACAUAAGUGAUAAUUGUAAAUAUAAUUUUUGGCUGUUGUCCCAAAAUCUGAAACACACAAUACAUUCAGGACACUAACAAGUCAAAUAUCAAUUCUACAAAUUCAGUUUAUUUUGGCAAUGUACAAAAUGUUAAUAUGUUAAAGCAUUUAUCAUUGGAUUUUUGAAAUUUUAUAGAUAUUUAUAGUCUAUGAAUGCUCAAAUUAUUGUUGUAAACAAUUAUUCUUAACUUCGAAAAGGAGUGUACCAAGAGUCUCAACAUGAAAAGAAAGAGUCUAGAAUAUUAAGUAUGCUGUCAAAUUGUGUUAGCAUGUGUAUUGUCUGUGUGUGUUUCCGGUUUGUAUUCGUGUUGCUGUCAGUGUGUGUCUGAGGUUUACAGUCACAUUGUCAAGGUCAUUGUGCAUGUCUAUAUUACUCCGUCAAGGUCGACACAGUGAAUAUAUCUUGAUUGUCCAGGUCACGUAUACUGUUUAUUGACUGUCAAGGUCAGCUGUGACGGAGUGGUGUGUCAAGUAAUUAGGACACAAGUCUGUAGUGGUAGAUUUAGCUCUUAGUGCUUCCAACGUGUUCUGUCCUAAAUGAGUGACAGGUGUGUUGUAUAAGUGUGUGUUAAAUGUGUUGUAUAUGUGUGUUGCAGGUGUGAAUCAUACAAAAAAGGGGUGUGUGUGCUUCACUGAACAUGUAUGACUGAUUUAAUGAAAGUGGAAUUUCAAAGAAACAAAAUUAAUCAGACCAAGUAUAGAUGAAACUUCAUUUCACAAAGAAUUACAAAUGUUCCAUCAAACAUCUAUAAAAUCAAACUUAACUUUGUGGUACAUUUGUGCUAGGUGUUGCUUGAUACUGUUUGCCUGUAAGACAUUGAUUUAGAUAUUGAAAGUACUGAACCGGAAAUAAAUACCCAGAAUUCGGAGAGAUUGUUUGGUCAUGAAAGUAUGAAUGAGCUUUAUAGUAUUGAAGCCAACAUUAAAAGUUUUGUGCAGUAAUUCCAUAUUAUAUUUGUCCCAAAUAUUUCCUUAAAUAAUUGUAAUUCCUUAAAUGUCAUUCAUCAUUUAAUUUAUUGAUAAGUAAAACUAUCACAAACGAAAUAAAACAAUAAAUCUUA